UUGGACUUUGAGGAGCUCAGCCAGGGAGCAGCAAAGUGCGGCGAUGCUUCACUGUCACCUGUACGUGAAAUGAACACCUGUUGCCGGCGGGUUUUAAAAAAAGACAACGCUCAUAUUUCAGGUAGUUUGCAACGCCACAAAGGAACAGGGCCUGGCUUUAGUCUACUUAGACAGUGACCUGAUCUCCACACGGAGCAAACUGAGGCACAAGCUGGACCAAGAGGUACAUAACAAGGAUGUGUUUUUAAAAAAGGAAGUACGUGAACGGCUGCCAGUAUCAGAGCUACAGAUUGAACAUGCUGCAGGUUGUAUGACUGACAGAUAUGGGGUCAACGAGAUCAUAUUUGCAGACUUUCACUUUGGUGGCCAUUUUUUGCCUACUUUUGACCACUGAAGGUGCAGGGCCAGAGGUACGUGGAAAGGUUGGAGGUGCGGUGGAGUUGGAGUGUAAUUUUCCUGCAUCAGACCCAACUGCUGUGUCUUCAGCGUCCCUGCACGUGGUGGAAUGGGUUCGGCAGGGACUCGACAUCCCCAUCCUGAUCAAAUUUGGAUCCUACGCUCCUCGUGUCCAUCCGCAAUAUGAGGGGCGAGUGUCUCUAGUCCGGAUCACUGCCCUGAGGCUGGAGGGCCUGCACCUCGAUGACCAGGGCUCAUAUGAAUGUCGAAUACUCUUACUGAAUGAACCCACAGAUGAGCUGCAAAACGGCACCUGGACUCUGCUUUCUGUAGCAGCCCCACCCAGUUUCACCAAAGCCCCGCCUCCUGCGGUGGAGGCUCUGGUUGGAAGUCACCUCUCUCUUGCCUGUGUUGCUAAUGGCAACCCUACUCCAACCAUCACCUGGCUAAAAGAUGGAAGUGCGAUUCAAGGCAUAAAUUAUCAGGAAGGAGCAUUAUCUCUGCGAGCAGUGAGCAUGCAGUCAGGAGGCCAGUACACCUGCCACGCCUCCAACUCUGAGGGAAACGUGACUCGCGUGACGAAAGUGAAGAUCAAAGGUCCGCCUGUCAUUGUCAUUCCUCCCAAAAGUACCUCUCUCAACAUGUCCAAGGAUGCUUCUCUCACAUGCCAGGCGGUGGCCGACCCCCCAAACAUGACGUAUGUGUGGCAGAAAAAUGGAGAGAACGUCUAUCACGUGGAGUCUAUGAAGUCACGAGUGAAGAUCGUGGUGGAUGGGACUCUUCUCGUCUCCAGGCUCAUCCCAGAGGAUUCUGGGACCUACACCUGCAUGCCAACCAAUGGCCUGCUGACCCCGCCCACAGCCUCUGCAAACCUCACAGUGAUGCAUCCGGCCCAGGCUCUUAAAAUGCCCCAGCAAACGUACCUUCCCACAGGUAUGGAUGGUGUGAUCACCUGCCCAGUGGCUGCUCAGCCUCCUCUGCUCUAUGUGGAUUGGACAAAGGAUGGAGAACCACUUGACUUGUCCUUGUAUCCAGGAUGGACCUUGACACCAGAGGGCUCUUUGUUUAUGGCAACAGUCAAUGAUGAUACAGCAGGCGUGUACACGUGUACUCCAUACAACAGUUAUGGCAGCAUGGGUUCAUCUGGGCCAACGAAUGUAAUUCUACAGGACCCCCCAUCAUUCAGCGUCACUCCAGAGAAGCAGUACAAACAGGAAGCUGGCAGUACCCUGAUCAUCCCAUGUCAAGGAAACGAAGACCCGACAAAUAAAGUGACCUGGAGCAAGGUCGACUUGGCUCGUCGUGCAUCUCACUCCACAGAACCCAACGGUUCUCUGCUCCUGCAGCCUCUCACCAAGGAGCACCAGGGCACGUGGGAGUGCUGCGUUACUAACCGUGUAGCCUCAGUGAAAACCAGCACUGAAGUUUUUGUCCUGGGAACCAGUCCCCAUGCGGCUACCUCCCUGUCCGUCUCUCCCGGGGUGAAGGAGGCCAACAUAUCCUGGGAGGCAGGCUUUGAUGGAGGAUCAGCACAGACAUUUUCAGUUUGGGUGAAGAAGAUUUCAGCAAGUGAUAAUGAUGGGAAGCGGGACUGGUUCUCCGUGUCCGUGCCCCCUUCAUCUGGCACCACUCUGCAGGUGACAGGCCUCUCCCCUGCCACCGACUAUCAGUUCAGCAUCCUGUCUAUCAAUAAAAUGGGCACAGGACCCUUCAGUGAGAUUACCACCACCCGGACUUUGGAUCCUCCGCCGAUGAUAAGUAAACUGAACCCUCCGGCGUCACUGUCAGCUAAUCAGGGCUCAGCAGGUGUUGUUCUGCAAUGGUCCCUUUCUGAAGCUCAGCUCCCUCCCAUCACUGGCUUUGUUCUCCAAGCCCGCACCGAGCAAGGGGAGUGGUUUACUUUGGACGAGGACAUCAGUGCCAACAUGAGCGAGAUAGUCGUUCCGGGUCUGCGCAAGGACUGUGUGUACGAGCUGCGGCUGCUAUCUCGUCGCGGGGAGUUGCUGAGCGAGCCCAGUCCAUCAGUCAAUGUCUCCACCGUGGGGAUGGAGAUCUACCCUGCCACAUCCCAACUCCUGGAGUUCGUCCCGGAGCCAUUACUGGCCGGCAUUCUGGGCGGGGUCGGCUUCAUGUGUUUGGCACUGGUCUUGCUGCUGGGGUCCGCCUGUGUCAUCAGCUACCAGAGGGACAGACGACGCAGAAAAAAGAAGGAUGAGCACCCUCCUGCCAUCUAUAAAUACUCCCCAUCAAUAAGGACUUCAGGCACCGGCAGUCCAGACAGUGUGUUGAAGAAAAGUCUACUUCCAGCCAGCAUCCUCUAUCCCACCACUUCCUCUACCGACACCUCCUCCUCCUCGCAGACAGAAUGUUCCUCCUUCAGCACUGAAAAUCAUCAGCGGCGGAAGCAUAUUUUGUCCAAUUACAGCAGGGGUCGCCUUACCAGGACAACUUCUUCACCGAUUUCUCCUCCAAUUGAAUUGAUCUCUAGAGGUCCAGAUGGACGCUUUCUAAUCCCACCGUAUGACAAUGACACGCUGAGUUUGCACAGCAAGAAAAGCAUAAGGUACGACCAACCUGCUAAAAUCCGAAGGUCUUUAUCACUGCACUCGGAAAGGGAAGACAGGAAAGAGGCAUUUGUGCUCUCUGUCGAUCUGCCACCUUGCAAAGCAGCAGAGGACAAUUCAAGGCGCCAAAUUUGCGACAUGGCCCAGCGCCUGCCCCAUCGCAGCCCUUACAUCUUGGAUCAGAAGGCGAGCUAUGAUGGCUUUCCUGACUUCAGCAGCAUGUGUUCAAACAGUAGUUUGGCCACCAUUCCUAAUCAAAAGAGAGAAACUCUCACAUUUCCAGUUCUCCCACAUAUCCGAUCCAGCCUAGGUCAGCCAUCUACGACUGCCAGCGCUCUGGUUCUCCAAAUGGAGCACGAGCGGGAGAGGGGGAAUCUGAGUCAUUGCCUAAAACUGGCUCAGGAGAGGGAGGAGAUAGAGAGGGAGCUCCGGAAGUACACUCUGGAAAGAAGCUCCAUGAGAGAAAUGAGGAGGGAACAUUCAGGCUUAGAGGAGAGAGAGGCUGGUGGUGGUGAGCUUUUGUGGGAAUAUAAGAGCAGCACCUUGCCACACAGAUACCCCCAGGGCAAAAAGGAGAGCUUUGAUCUGUCACCGAGCCCUUUCUCAUUAUCUUCUGUGCACUGGGAAGACCGUCCUUUUGUCUCUCCAUCUACCCUGAUCCCGGACGGCACCUGUGUCAGUGCGUCUUCACCUGCGAGUCCGUCUUGUUUCAAGUCCUUCAACCAUCAUCCUGCUCCAUCAUUCACCAAACAAACACCCCUUCAACCUGAGGAGGCGGGCAGUUUUUCUAAAGACAGAUUAACUCCCCCUCAUCUCCCUUCAAAGCACCAGAGACAUGAAAGGGUGGAAGCAGCACCAGAGGGCUAUGAUAAUUCACCACAAUCCACACUCUUAGAAAUGCAAACGAAUGAUUCAUGCUCUGAGGCACGGAGACAGAACAAUCUUAGUCAUGGCAGCCUUUCAACGUUGUCCCUCCGUAGCAAUAAAUAUCCUGAAAGAUCUAAUUCAGCUCUCGAUUCGGCACCAGUCUCUUCAAAAGUGGAGGUCGUGUUCUCCAAUCCCACUGAUGAAGAUGUGUGCGUGGAGAUGAGUGUGGAUGAGCCAGAGUUGGAGGUAUGUGUAAUGCGACCUACAAAGCCCAUGCUGCACCACAGAAUUGCCUCCCAUGUUCAACGAGGGCACUCGCUGACUCGCAGCGGCAGGUAUGAAGACACGAGUAGAGGGAGUGCAAGCUUUAACUGCCGCAGUCCUGCCUCUGUGGAUGAUAUCAUCAGGGUCCCAGAUUCUUCGCGACCUCCACAACCAGAGCUCUGGAGAGCUGUGUCCCAGGGCUCUAAAACCUGGGACUCUAAGCGGCGAAGUCAGAGCCUUGACUCAAGGAGACGGAAAGAAAGUAAUUUCCUGCCUCCUGAUGCGUGGAUAGACUCUCUCAGCCAGGAGAACUGCUCUGUUGCAUCUUCCCGUCGUCCAGAAUCUUUGUUCUGGGAACCGCAGAAGACUUCUCUUCCAAGGAAGAUCUCCAAAUCGCCUGCAAAUUCUCCUCCUGCUACCAAAGCUGCCUCCCGUUCACCUCCUGCUGUGGAUCCUUUAUCUCUAAGGAGCAAUCCAGAGAGGCCCAUAUCAAAUCCUUGCCACUAUGAGCCAAGAAGAGCGGCACCUAUCUUUCAUAACGCUGCCAAAUGGCCGAUUGCCUACCAAGAGGCCAUGAAAGAGGCAGUAGGUUCCUUGGAGGCUAUGAAGGAGGCCUCCAGAUGCUUACCGCCCGGCGACAAUGAUCAAGAUGUAUUAGAAGUGGAGACAGGAUGCUAUGAGGGAGUGCCAGAGUCUGGGAGCAGCUACAGCAGUUACGCCAGCAGUGGACGAGGCAGCAUGGAGCCUGCUAAUGGACGCCUGUCCAUGUGCCACCUUUCCCCAGUCUUCACCAACUCACCUGAGACUGUAGAAGAGAGCACAGAGGACAGUCACCAAAUGGAACCAAGCCAAAGGAGAAAGGUCUCAGUCGAUGAGAAUUAUGAGUGGGAUGCUGCUGAUUUCUGCUCACAGCCUGGAGACCAUGAUGGCCUGCUUCCUUCAUUGAAUCUACCGAAGCCCGCGCGGUGCUGUAGCCUUCCUAGCAUGCAGUGCUCCACUAAGGCACUGAAAAAUUGCGCUCAGCUCUCUUUGCUCCCGGGGCAUCGAAGCAGCUGCUCUACUGAGCCAGAACCAGACACCGUGCUGUUCUGACAGCGCCAGCCUUCGGCUAAUCUCACCUAGUGUGUCCUUUCACUUAUUGACUCGCAUCACAAGGCGACAAAAGGUGCAUGUGGCAAAGUCUGAGCUUUUGUCUCAUCAAUUCAAUUCAAUUGUCUUUUUUAAACCCAAAAAAGGCCAAAGUACAGAAUAGCUUUUUGGGGGCUGUUUUGUUUGGUCUCUUUGUAAAACUCCCACUUAAAAAAAAAAGGGUUUCAACAAUAUAGGUCUCAGUUAUAGUAAUUAAGACAUGAAUCACCUCUACUUUUAUACAGAGCUUUAUGACACCACGCUCUUUACGUUUUCUUCUGAGACAGUCUGCCAAUCAGCCAGUAUCAAAGCAUUUACAGUGCUCAUAGAUUCACCACGUACUCUGUGUGUAGUUUGAUAAGCAUGCAUCAUCCAGGGACGACUCAGUGGUCACGUGAGGGACAAAACAAUCUCAAUCAUCGUUGAGUAAGUGGUUUAUGCCGGAGAUGAAUGCGCUUUAGAUAUCAUCCAUCACCUUUUGAGUUUAACAAAAGAGGUGUUUAUGAAUUGUCAAUAAGGGAGAUAAAUGGUAUAUAAAUGUUUUUUUUCCCUUGCUCCACUGUUUUAGUUUAACAUAUUCUAAAAGUGUAAUUUCCCAACAGACAUCAUUAUCUGCUUUUUCUGCCCUUUAAAAUACUCUGAGUAGAUUUUUGGAUUCCAAAAAUUCAGUCUGGAUGAAAGCAUUAGUUUUCUCCCCGGGCUGUCUGCCUGUUCACUGAAGCAAGACCUCUAAUUAUGGGCUGUAAUUGGAGAGGGUCAAGUCAACUUGUGUCCUUGUUUAUUUAUUAUAGACGUAAAAGCAGAUUUUAUUUUGACUUUAAUUUACCAAGGUUCAAGGUUGACUUUGUUUUGUUUUUUUGUCCCAGCAACACCUGCUUUACUCUCGCAUGAUAAUACACAUUAACACACCAACAGUGGUGCUAAUAAGUGGCACCAGUUUAGUGGUUAAAAGCCUUGUUUGAGGGCACACCAACAGCAAGUACUGAACACAUCCUCAUAGGGCUCUGUGACAAUUCAACAUUAUUGUUUUGUGGUCCAAAUUAAGAUUAACUAAGAUACUAUAAUUGGAAAUUAACCAAAAUAGUUAUUUAAUUCUUUUUCAGUCCCUUCAGUAUUUAGAACAGCACAGCUUCAGACCCAAGUUCAGAGGAUACUCUAUGGAUCCUUGUUUAUAUAUAAGUUACUGUGCUUAGUAGUUUUGAAAAUUCCAGGUAUAGAAAAAAAGUCAAAAUCACCAAGAGCGGAGAUGUGUGGUUUCCAUCAGACAUUGAUGAUAUAUGACUUGGUGUUAAAUAUGGAAGCACCUGAAAAAGUGUUGCUAACUAUUUUCAGUAAGUAGCUGAAGCCUGUUUGAAAAUUAAGAAGAUAUCACUAGAUGGUGUCAUGCGUUAAUUUGCAAGUCAUAUCGUAUGACGCCAUUACGUAACCAAAGCAUAUACGUAUACAAAGUAAAGUUAAACAUAACUGACUCUAACUAACUUUUGCAAUAUUCUCAUUAUUAUAUUAUUAUUUUUCAAGCUGCAAUUGUCUCAUCACUAUGAACCUAAAUCUGAAGUAUCAUUAAUAGAGAGGAUCCAGACACUGGGGUAAAGUCACUUUAAAAACUAGCAAAGAUAAACCCUAAAUGUACUUUACAUACAACCUUAGUAUGACCUUGUGUGUUAGAUGUGUAGAAAGAGUUUUGUUAGUUCUAAUGGAUAGCGAUGGGGGAGCUUGACUCCUCUUAAUAAGACAUGAGCUCCGCUCCUCUAUAAUCCUAAUAAUAUGGUGGGUUUGCCAUAUAUUUCUAUUUUUCUAAAUCUUUAUCAUGCGGGAUCAUGCGUAAAAUUAGGCUAUUUUUGUAUGUAUGCCAUGGCAUAUUACGUACUAGAUGUGCUGACAAAAAGCAAGUAGAUUUACAUGAUUGCAGCCAUGAAUCUUUCUUUGCAAUUAGCGUAAAACAAGCUCUCCUGAAAACCAUGGCAUAGUUUGCAUACCGAGUUCACAGGGGUCAAACUAGCAAAUUUUUCCACAGCUGCACUAAACCAGCUGAGAGAAACAUACCCAUGCCCUGUGCUCUCUUUUUGUCAUGAACAAUGGAGGAAAAAGAAAAAAAAACUAUGCCCUGCUUGGUGCUUUUGCUCAAGGCCUUUACAUUAGUCAACCAAAUAAUUAACUCAGAACUCCACCAUGUACCAGAGCAUUGUGGGGUAUCCAUCCUAUAAUUGGAAUUCACUCAUAGAGGCUGCAUUUACUGUGAAUCAAUGUUUCACUUCUGUUGAACAUUUUCAUUUUCUGGUGUGCACAUAUUGUACCUCAAGUCCAUAAAUGAUCAAACCCCACGUGCCGCUCUGGGGAUUUGUAGUCAGCACUACUUUUUUUGCCUACGUUUUUGAAAUUGAAUCCAAAUGUUGUGCUUCCAACACUGAAAAUAACCCAUGUGCUAGUUAUUCUAUAUUAAAAGAAAUAAUUAUUUCCAUUUUUGAUAUUUGGGACUAAAACUUUUAUAGCGUCAUCAUACAGGGAACUACUGCAUGUUGUAUGCUGAGUGCUUUUGAGGAUUCAAUCAUGAAAUGUUCUUGCAAUAAAUGUACACAGGCCACUGGCUAUAUGUUAUUAUUAAUGUGGAUAAACAGACUCAGUCAGAACACAACCACACACAAGAAGAAAGCAUCAGUGAAACCUGCUCACAAAGAGACGUGGACAACAGCGAGGGCUCAUAAACCGCAUUGUUAUACCGCUACCUUUUUCAGUUAUUGUGUGUACUUAGGGGGAUUAGCUUUAAAGCAAGCACUCUUUUAUUAUGCCCGUUAAGCAGUGAAUGAAUCAUGCGCAAAUGCCGGGAAGUGACUCUCGACGCUUGAAACCAAUCAAGGUCUUAUGAAAUGAGGAGAAAUGUCAUAUAGAAACUGAAGUGUGACCAAAUGAUGCUCAUGUUACCUCAGUACAUUUCUAAACUCACGGUAAUUAGUGAGUAACUUGAGUCCCUCAGGUGAAUAUCAGCAUCCCAGACUGGAUUCUCUCUAUUUAAAUUAACUGCGUGAUUAUAGCAUUUUUCAAAACACUUCAUUCCGAGUCCCAGUGAGAACAUGCUGUCUGCCUUUGUGUCUUUUUUAAGCAGUGUAUGGGCGGUUGGGAGGAUUGGGGGUCACGUUCUAUAUAUAGUGGCUUUAAGGCUCAUCAUUUUCAUGUGUACCAGUUUAUACCAGAAAAGCACCUAGAAUUAUUUUAACUGUUAGCAGACCAAUUUAAAAUGAUCUGGGGUUGUUGUUUCUGCUGCAAGCAAAGGAUGCUAGUUGAAAUGAAGUGAAAUGCAAAUAAGCUGCUGAUUAUGUGCCACAGUGAUGUUAGAGUAAAUUGUUUGUUUUUUUAAAUUCAGACUUACACACCAUUUUGGAAAUUUAAAACACUGAUGUAUUCCCACAUUUGAUUAGAUGUAAUUAACAACGACCAAACAGAACCUAAACCACCUGCUGUCUUUAGAUUCUGAUUCAGAUGCAACCUGAUUGGUGCACGGCACUAUGUGACGUCACAUAUUUCUAAGUGGAAUAACCAAAGCUUUUGUAAUGUGGCUGAAAAUAGUUUGUUACAACCCCAUUGCUCCUCUUUAAAGUCCACACUAAAUUAUUUUGGGGCUGUACAGAUAAUCACACAUAUUCUUGUUGCCGUAUGAUAUUAAGAUCAUAGUCAGUAUAAAUAUACAUGUCGUAACUGUGACAUAACCUGUAGGUUUCUGAAGAGUUGUGGACAAAGAUGUGGAGCUCAAGUAAGCCACCUGUACCAGCACUCACCUGUUAAUUAAGGCAGCCAUGUUGUUAAUUAUGCAUAACUUUAAGCUGCAGUAUAAUGUAUUUGGGUUAUAAAAAUUCACCUCAGUACAGUUGUCGUGAACAGGUGAAUUACCUCUAGAGUCCAAAACCGUUUUUGUACCAGAUUGUAAACAUAUUUCUGUAGCCAGCCUCAAGUGGCCGUUCGAGGAACUGCAGUUUUUUGGCACUUUGCAUUGGCUUCACUUCACAGCCCCGGAGGUUGCAGCUUGAUUAAGACAAGUGAUUUUCCAGCACACAUCACACAGCUUCAGGAAGACAAACGGUCUGUGAUAGUUUUCAGAUAUACAGCUUGAUUCUGCUCUUUUGACACCGAGUGGGCAGCUGACUUCAUUGACUGAUAAAAUACUUGUCUUACACUGGAACCAACUUCCAAUUAAACUAAUGGUAUUAGCACUGCAGCACCAGACAAGCCUCAUCCCGACGAAAUGAUGGGAGGUAAUGUCACAGUCAUCGUUUUAAUGCUCUGCAAUUCCAUUUAUUUAGUCUAUUAUAUCACUUUGACAUCAGGGAUUAUGAGGUGGGACAAACACAUAUUUCUUGUCUGUAGCUGUGGAGUUGAGUAAACAAAGGAAGCAGUAAUGAAUGUGUACAAGUUCAGUCUGAGCACAGGUACCCUUGUGAAAUUCAUAUGACAAAACAGACAGUAACAUUUUUUGUUUUUCAGUCCAUGCACAUGAUGUUAGUUUAUCAGCUGUAUGUUCUGGGAUUUAGGUUAUUUCUUAGCUCAAUCUGUAGCUGACAACCCACCAGUGACUGGUUGUCUGUGAAGUGUUAUUUUUCAUUGAAGACGUUUAUUUGAUCCUGUGAUUUAUUUUCUGAGCGUUCCUUUCUUUCAGAUCAGAAACAGCUGUUCAGUCAUGUCAGUUAAAUGUUCAGUAUGUCAGAACUUAUUUUUUAAGUGUUUCCAUCUCCCAUCAACUCUUUUGAAAAAGGCAAAAACGCGCUCAAGUUUUUUUUGUAAUUUUAAAAUUUAGGAAAAGAAAAAAAAUUCUAAUGUGAUACUUCAUUUCAUGAAAAUCUGAAGGAUUAUACGAUUCAGAAAAGAUCAGAAAGUUACAUUCACAUGUCUUAAGUCAAACUCUCCUUGAAUGUAGAUUUGUUCCAUUAUCUCAAGUCAUUUGCUCUUGCAAACUUCAAAGCACGAUUACUGACAGAUACCUGGAGGCCUGCAGCAUGCGCUGAAUUAAAAGUUGACAAUCUGUACUAAUCUCUUCAGCGGAAUCUUUGCUGUGUUUCCAAGUUCAAUGAGUUUAUAACUUUAAUUUAUUCAUUUAAAAUACCAAAAUUUGUCAACAUAAAAUCCAUGCUCACUAAAUUAUGACUCACGUCAACUCGUGUCAUCUUUGACAGAAAAUUAAGCGAAGAACUGGUUUCACUUUAUCAAAUGAGGAUUUUCAGUUUUUUCAGUUUUGUUAAGUCAGUUAUGGAAUCUUAGUUAAAUUAAACAAGCAAUUUAAUAUAUUCUAAAGGAGUUUUUUUUGUUUUUUUUUUUACUGUUUAUACUAUUUUAUUUCAGAUUUUAUUGAAGGAAGUACUUGAUAGAUUAAUCAGUGAUGAAAUUAUGAGCCCCAGGUACAGGAACAACUUAUGAGUCAUUUAGGAUCUUAAAACAGACCUGCAGUAAAAAGUAAAAGCAAAAUAAUAAAUCUGGCCACAUUGUGAGCUAUAUCGAACUUCUUGUAUUACACUGAGGGGUUACUGUAAUAUAGAAAUUGUACAUUCAAUCCAGAUAAGAUCACUUUCUAGCUGCAGUGCAGUGACAUUGUCAUAUAGUGUUCCACUGUUAUGAGGGUAUUCGUGAUUCAUUUAACCUUGCAGGCAAUUAUUAUUUUUGUGUUUUCUUUUCAACUUCAAGUGGACUACAGCAGGUAUUUUAAUUUUCAUGACAGAAAGAAUGAGGAUGGCAAUUAGUGCUUGUUUCUGAGAAUAAGCCGCGACUAUUAUCUCCUGCCAAGUGUAAAAUUAGUGUGAUUAUCAGCAAUAUUGCCAUAGAAAUAUGGUCGGACGUGGAUCAUUUAAAGAUUGAAACCUAAGUGGGAGUUUUUCAAUCAGUCUAUCUGCACAUCCAGCAUUCAGUCUGGGAGGCGAGAAUUCACAACAUGUCAGUGAAGUUAAUUACCUCACUGAAUGCCUCCCAGCAGAGUGUGGAAUAAUAGCACCAGGGACAAAAUGACUUUUCCUCUGUUGUAUUUUAUUUAUAGUACAGCAGAAUCUUUCUUAACCCCUAUUUCACUUUAAUUAGCUGUUCGCCUAAGAGACCUUACUUUUUGAAAAAACAUCUGUGUUCUUGAUAUCCCAAGGGAAGUAACCUUACAUUAAGUAUUUCCUAUUCUCUCAUUGAUAACAAACACGUGUUGCAGAAUUGAUGACCUUACUAUAAUGGAUAGUUGUAGCAUGAAAAUCCACUCACACUAAACAGAUAAUUGAACCCAGUUUCUCAAAAUGCCGGUUGACAUUGCGGAGCAAUUUACUUUUUGACCAAUAUUUGACUCUGUUUUCAUCAAGUGAAAUAACUGUAAAAAAAAA